AGGAGCUGAGCCACCGCGGCAGAGGGGCUGGCAGUGCUGGGAGAGAAGCGGAGGAGAGCAUCUGCUGCAGGACUCAUUGCACAGCUACUAGUUUUCAAAAAAUGUCAAGCGAAUUAUCCCAAAAUAUUAACAUCAAGGAACCUCGCUGGGACCAGAGCACAUUUGUUGGAAGAGCAAAACAUUUCUUUACAGUAACCGACCCAAGGAAUAUCCUUCUGUCAAAUGACCAGCUGGAACAUGCCAGACACAUUGUUCAUGACUACAGAAAUGGAAUUGUGCAGCCUGGACUCACAGAAGAUGAAUUAUGGAGAGCAAAGUACGUGUAUGACUCUGCCUUUCACCCGGAUACUGGUGAAAAGAUGAUCCUUAUCGGAAGGAUGUCCGCUCAGGUACCGAUGAAUAUGACUAUCACAGGAUGCAUGAUGACAUUUUACAGGACAACUCCAGCCGUGAUCUUUUGGCAGUGGAUUAACCAGUCUUUUAAUGCCAUCGUUAACUACACAAAUCGUAGUGGAGAUGCUCCCAUCACUGGAAGCCAACUGGGAACAGCUUAUGUUUCUGCCACCACAGGUGCUGUUGCCACAGCUCUAGGACUUAACGCACUAACCAAGCAUGUUUCGCCACUAAUAGGAAGAUUUGUUCCUUUUGCUGCUGUUGCUGCUGCUAACUGUAUCAACAUCCCAUUAAUGAGACAACGGGAAUUGAAACAUGGUAUUCCUGUCACAGAUGAGAAUGGCAACCGGAUUGGAGAAUCUGCCAAUGCUGCUAAACAAGCCAUCACUCAGGUGGUCGUCUCUAGGAUCCUUAUGGCUGCUCCAGGCAUGGCGAUUCCUCCAUUUAUAAUGAACAGCUUGGAAAAGAAAGCUUUCCUCAAGCGCUUUCCAUGGAUGAGUGCCCCUAUACAAGUAGGAAUAGUGGGAUUCUGCUUAGUAUUUGCAACUCCUCUUUGCUGUGCAUUAUUUCCCCAGAAGAGCUCAAUGUCUGUGUCCGGACUGGAGCCUGAACUGCAAGCACAAAUUAAAGAGAACAGUCCGGGCUUAGAGAGGGUGUACUUCAAUAAAGGAUUAUAA